AUGAAUUUGUCUCUUGUUGAUCCCUUUGUCCUAGCUCAGGAUUAUCCAGACACGUUGACGGAGAAGCUGAGAAGUGGACAUGCGACUUGUCUACGGUUUAAUCGCAAAGGAGACUAUUUGGCGUCUGGACGGGUUGAUGGAACAGUAGUCAUUUUUGAUGUGGAAACCAACGGGGUUGCGCGAAAGCUACGAGGUCAUACCAGGCAGAUUCAGUCAUUAAGUUGGUCAAGAGACGGCCGUUAUCUUCUGAGUUCCUCUCAGGACUGGAAAUGUAUUCUAUGGGAUUUGAAAGAUGGCUCCCGGGUCCGCACCGUCCGCUUCGAAGCACCCGUUUAUAUCGCAGAACUACACCCUUAUAACCACUUGCUCUUUGUAGCGUCUCUUUUCGAAGAUCAGCCUGUCCUCGUGGAUGUUUCGUUACCCAAGCCCGUCAAGCGCAUCCUUCCAUCCGCUCCAUUUCGCCCUCCGCCUCCAAAGAACGAAGAAAUUGACCCCGCCGUUGCUGCGAAACAAGCAGCUCAAGAUGCGAAACAUUCCACGUGCGUUACGAUCUUCACUGCUUUAGGAAACCAUAUCAUAGCGGGUACAUCUAAGGGUUGGAUCAAUAUUAUUGAGACACAAACCUGUACCACAAUACAUUCCACUCGGCUCUGCAAUGGUGUGGUGAUCUUACUUCGCCUAGCAAGUAACGGUCGGGAUCUACUAGUCAACAGCUCUGAUCGCGUGAUACGCACAAUACUCAUGCCGGAUCUCUCACAAUUGGGUAUCGAUCUGGAGCCUACCAACAUCAAACUCCAAGUGGAACAUAAGUUCCAAGAUGUGGUGAACCGUUUGAGUUGGAACCAUGUAGCAUUUUCUUCCACCGGGGAGUUUGUUACUGCGUCCACAUUCAUGAACCCUGACAUUUAUGUCUGGGAGCGGAGCCACGGCUCCCUGGUCAAGAUUUUGGAAGGCCCCCGCGAAGAACUAGGAGUGGUUGAGUGGCACCCUAGCCGUCCGAUGGUGGUUGCCUGUGGCUUAGAAUCUGGAUGCAUCUAUACUUGGUCGAUUGUGACGCCUCAGAAAUGGUCAGCCCUGGCCCCUGACUUCGGUGAGGUCGAAGAGAACGUCGAGUAUGUUGAGCGUGAAGAUGAAUUCGAUAUCCACCCGGCAGAGGAAAUUCACCAGCGCCGUUUAGACCAGGAAGACGAGGUCCCCGACGUUCUCACAAUCGAAGUAAACAAAGACGGCGCGGAUGAGGAUAUUGUUACCUCAUUUCGCAUGCCAGUCCUUCUUGAUAUUUCGGACAGUGAAAGCGAGGAUGAUAUCAUCGCUGUUGGACCCGGGACGAUGAGGAGACGUAGUCCAGGCGCAGCGCGAGACCGAGUGAAUGCUAACGGGGAUGGGGAGAAGGACAGUGUAAGUGGCGGUAGGAACGGCAGCACACGAGGUCAGAAGGGUCGGCGGCGGUAA